AUGGUUAACUUCUCGGCCACCACAACCACCAAGAUAUCGUCUCUUCAAGCGGUCAUGGCUCACCUUUGGGUCUCCAUAACCCGAAACCGAAAUCUCAAACCCGAACAGGAAGUGAGCUACUUCAUCACGGUUGGUCUCAGGCAGAGAACGGAGCCGCCAUUACCAGAAGGGUAUUUUGGGAAUGCGAUUAUGGCUGCGUGUGCGAAGACCAUAGUUGGAAAGUUGGUAGGGAAGAAUGGAUUGGGCUGGGCCGCUUUGCAGAUGAACACUGAGGUUACUUCGCAGACAUGGGAGAAGGCCCAAGAGUACUUGAAGAAAUGGGCUGAAAGCCCAAAACUGGUACCACAAGAAAACGAUGAGAUUUGGUCUCAUCUACUAGUGACUGGUAGUUCACCAAGGUUCGAUGUUUAUGGGAAUGACUUUGGUUGGGGAAAACCAGUGGCUGUGAGAAGUGGUCCUGGGAACAAGUCUGAAGGAAAGUUGACUGUUUAUGCUGGGACUGAAGAUGGAAGCUUUGACUUUGAGGCUUGUCUAAGGCCUGAGACAUUUGAGGCCAUGAAAGAUGAUGAAGAGUUCAUGGAAACUCUGACAAUGUGAUUUUGUUUUGGAACUAUUCAUCGAUCAGUUUGUAUGUAUA